UCUUCCCAGGCGUAGUGUAUCAUCAGGCUCUCUUUAGCUCCAUUUCUUCCUUUCUUUUACAAUUUAUCCCGCUUAUUUUUUUUUCCUGGAUUAGGCAGCAAUCAAUCCUUCUCCCUGUGUCUGAGAAACAGGUGAUCCUUGUUAACAGCGAUCAGUUUCUGGAUGCAGUUUCCUCUCCUGCGUUUGAAGGAUGAUGAUACCAGGCAAGACUGAAUCAGCGUAACUUUUACUUUGCAAGAGGAAAAACUUUUUUUCCCUAUUUGAAGGCAUUAAAAACACGUAGCAUUUAAAAGCAGAAGAAGUUGGUUUUAAAGCUGAACUUCUCCAUUUCCUGGGAUUUGUGUGUGUCAAUUUCAAAGGGUGCAUUUUUUUUUCCUCCUCCCUUAUCCCCCAAAAGGAAACUGUUGCUAGUUGGAAUAGACUUUUUAAAUGUUUGGGAUUCAAGAUACUUUAGGAAGAGGACCAAUUCUGAAAGAUAAAUCUCUAGGUUCUGAAAUGGAUUCCGUCAGGUCCUGGGUCAGAAACGUUGGGGUUGUGGAUGCAAACGUAGCAGCACAAAGCGGAGUAGCUUUGUCCAGAGCUCACUUUGAAAAGCAGCCACCUUCCAACUUGAGGAAAUCCAAUUUCUUUCACUUUGUUCUGGCUCUCUACGACAGACAGGGGCAGCCCGUGGAAAUAGAGAGGACAGCUUUUGUGGACUUUGUAGAAAAUGAUAAAGAGCAAGGCAAUGAAAAGACGAACAACGGCACGCAUUACAAACUCCAGCUCCUUUAUAGCAAUGGUGUCAGGACCGAACAGGAUCUGUAUGUUAGACUCAUCGAUUCAGUCACUAAGCAGCCCAUAACUUACGAAGGACAGAACAAGAAUCCCGAAAUGUGCAGAGUUUUGCUUACCCAUGAAGUCAUGUGCAGUCGGUGCUGUGAGAAGAAAAGUUGCGGUAACAGAAACGAGACGCCAUCUGACCCUGUGAUCAUUGACAGAUUCUUCUUAAAAUUUUUUCUCAAGUGCAAUCAGAAUUGUUUGAAAACAGCAGGAAACCCAAGAGAUAUGAGACGGUUCCAGGUUGUGCUAUCAACAACAGUGAAUGUCGAUGGGCACGUACUGGCAGUUUCUGACAACAUGUUUGUUCACAACAAUUCCAAGCAUGGACGGAGAGCAAGGAGACUUGACCCCUCAGAAGCCACACCGUGCAUCAAAGCAAUCAGCCCGAGUGAGGGUUGGACUACAGGGGGUGCAAUGGUGAUCAUUAUUGGAGACAACUUCUUUGAUGGGCUGCAAGUUGUAUUUGGAACCAUGCUUGUAUGGAGUGAGCUUAUCACACCUCAUGCCAUUCGAGUUCAGACACCUCCACGUCACAUUCCUGGAGUGGUUGAAGUGACAUUGUCAUACAAAUCCAAACAGUUUUGCAAAGGUGCACCAGGCAGGUUUAUUUACACAGCUUUAAAUGAACCUACCAUAGAUUAUGGUUUCCAAAGACUGCAAAAGGUCAUCCCAAGACAUCCUGGUGACCCUGAAAGACUAGCUAAGGAAAUGCUAUUGAAACGAGCUGCUGACCUAGUUGAAGCAUUGUAUGGAACGCCACAUAACAACCAGGACAUCAUUCUGAAACGAGCUGCAGACAUCGCAGAAGCUCUCUACAGCGUACCAAGGAAUCCUGCGCAGAUCCCCGCACUGUCUAGCUCUCCAGCUCACAGCAGUAUGAUGGGAAUUAACUCCUAUGGCAGCCAGUUAGGAGUCAGCAUUUCAGAGUCAACACAGGGGAACAACCAAGGUUAUAUCCGUAAUACAAGCAGCAUCUCACCCCGAGGUUACUCAUCCAGUUCCACACCUCAACAGUCCAAUUACAGCACUUCCAGCAAUAGUAUGAACGGCUACAGCAAUGUCCCCAUGUCCAACCUGGGCGUUCCAGGCUCACCUGGGUUCAUUAACGGCUCUCCAACAGGAUCCCCCUACGGAUUAAUGUCUUCGAGUCCAACAGUUGGCUCCUCCAGCACUUCUUCCAUCCUUCCAUUCUCCUCUUCCGUCUUUCCUGCUGUCAAACAGAAGAGUGCCUUUGCUCCUGUCAUCAGACCCCAAGGGUCUCCUUCUCCUGCCUGCUCCAGUGGCAAUGGAAAUGGGUUUAGAGCCAUGACUGGUCUUGUCGUUCCCCCGAUGUAAGGCAGAGGCAGCUUUGCUCCUCUCCCCUCUUCCCUUUUUUCCUCUUUUUUUCAUUUUUCUUUUACAGCACAAAACUACUUAUUGUGAUGGACCACUAAAAAGAAAAAAAAAAAAUAGCACUACAAGCUCUUUUUUGGGGGAAAGUCAGGCCCAGGAAAAAAAAAAGGAACAUUUUUUUAUGAAUUGGACAAGAUAGAAGUCUGCAUCUUUUACCUGUUUCAUAUUUCUGACACAACCACGUCAACUCCUAAAACAUUGCGAAUGAAGAAUCAGCCAGGAGCCAGCACGAACAACAGUUGGCAGAACGGAAUCAGAAAUGCAAAGUCUUUCUUGAAAGACAUGAAACCUUCCUAAGAUUUGUAAAAUAUUAACAGGAGAAAGAAAUUGGCAAAAUGAUUCAAGCUUGAUAUUUUGGAUACAAUUUGUUUUACUUUGUAGGGGAAAAAAGUUGAAGUUUCUAUUUUCUAUCAGAUAUCAAUUUAGUUUAUGCAGAAAAAAAAAAUCAACAAAACAGGGUACCAGCAUGAAAGAGUUUCUAGGACAAACUGACAUGAAUGAUGGAACGUUGGUGUAUGUGUGUAUUUGCUUAUAGUUUAACCUCUUUAAAAAAUGUAAGAUGUUUUACAAUUAUUUAAAUAAUAAACUUGUAACUUAUUGUAUGUAGAGGUAGAACUUAAACCUUUUUUUGGAUUUUUUUUCUUCCAGUUGUACAAUGAAGAAAAAUGAUGCAAAAAUGUAGUGAUAAGUUUGAGAUAUAUUAUUACUGCUGCAAUUGCUCCUCACUUUUUCCCUCUUACUGAAUUCAUGUGCAAGGAUGUAUAGGAUUCUUUCUGGUUAACAAAACCAUCAGAAACUUUUACAGACAUUGUGGUAUACAGGUCACUGAUUCAUGUAUGAAUUUGCACACCCCACCCCACCCCACCCCAUGUUUCCCGCUGCCAUUUUUGGUUUCAAUUAAACUAUUCAGGUACUAAGACGAACUGGGAAGUGUCAAAGACCCUAAUGGCAAAUGAGUGGCACUUAGGGAUUUGAACAAACCAGGUUUUUCAUGAGGUACUGAGUUUAUUUUCUAGAUUCAAUGUAUGAAUUAGGAGGGAAAGGGUUCUCUAACAUAGUGUUUUUCCAUGUAGUUAGAACACCUUAAGUUCAGUUAUACUUCACAUUAAAGGUGCAUUUAUAAAGGGUAAAUAUGUAUUUGACUAAUUUAUGCACUUUUAUCCUGAGUCAUUAAAAAUGGUAAGUAUUUUCCAUUUAUAUAUUGAAGUUCAUAGAAGUAAGCAAUUGCUUUGAAUUUUCCUGCAUUUUAGCAUAAAAUAGGUUUAGUUCUCCUUCACACCUCCUCUCCUGAAAUUGGAAGGUGAGCACAAGUCUAAUGCUAAAAAAAAAAAAUCACUAGUUAUCUGACUAAACCAGAGACCACUCAAAAGAAUUUGAUUGUUGGAAAGCCUUUUUUUAAGAAAAAAAUAAAUCAGCUACACUACUUACACCCCACUAAAAUACACAUGGUUCAUAGCUGCGUGAAUAGUUGUUCCUAUGAUAACAUCUUUAUGUUAAUAAAUAAACCCUUAAUAUAUGGCCCCCUGAAACUGUACUUGUCUGUUUGCCCAGAAUCGAUGGGUGAGUAAAAUAGUGUUCUUGGUGAUCCUUAUAUAUGAUAGAAGAUAUUCAAUUCAGUACUGGACUCAGGAGGGUGAAAACAGCGACAACUUGCAAUGCUGAGGUACUCUGGAGCUCAUUUGGAGCUACUGCAGAGCUAAUUUGGGUUAGUAAUAGGCUAGAAAGCCUCCAGCUAGAUCCCUGGUUCAAAUCCAGCAGCAGUGAUUAGCGACUGAGGCUUGGUGAUGUGUGGUAUACGACUCGAUAGACCCUCGCCCACGGACAGGCCUUUGGCGUAGGACUGCAUUUUGCAACGGUGUCAAAUCGUUGCCUCCAACAGCCCAGUGCAGGAGAGCUGACUGCCCCUUCCCCUGCGUGAGGGGGGGUCCUCCGUGAAGUGUAGUAUACGGUUCAGCCUACAAGAGGAAUGUAUUUGGUGUACGUGAAGCUUUACAGGAUGCGUUUCUUAACCAGAACGCAGCACAGCGGAGAAGCCAGGGGACUGGAAAGACAAUGAAGCCAGGCUACUCCUGUCAAUCCCACAGACUUUCAGUAGGGGCUUUGCUUGGUGCCUUUUCAAUGCUAUUGAAUUCCUUUUUUAAAAGCUGGAGGGGGUUUACAGGCCUCUCGAACUCAAGGCCGAAUUUAUCGUAUCAGCAAAAAAAGGCGAUUAGAAGCAACUUUAAAGAGAGAUUUGGUGGGAAUAAUGUGUUUUUAAGAAGCAUGAAUAUAGUUAGAGUCUUAUAGUCAGGCUACUGAAAGUGUCUACAUUCCAGAAAAGAUGAAAUAAAAUAACUCACCAUUAAUGAUGGUUGCAAGUUUGUUGAUGCUGCAGAUUCUUUACGUGCCCUUCAUGCCAUCGAGGAAGUGGCGAUCACUGGAGGUCAACAAGGCACCCAGCCUCGGAGCCAGGUGAUCUCUGAAAUAGGAAGGAAUCACAGGUGUCAAGCAGUCUGGAGCUGUAACUGUGUAUGGACACCUUUGCACACAACAGGGUGCACUGGCUAACCUGAUCGUUGUUAUUUGGAAUAAAAACAAAACAAAACAACAAAGUAUUUCAGACUUUCAUAGGUACUGAUAUCCCAGCGAGGCUAAGAAUGGGAGGUCCAAAUUCAUGUUUGGAAUUCUGCAUUCAUACAGGGGGAAAAAAAAAAAAAAGAGAUUGAGGAUUAUUAGAGCUGGCAUUAGAACUUCCAUAAAUUUCAGUGAAUACUACAUUGAGUCCUAGAUUUCAAACAAAAUAACCUUGAUGAACCAGACUCAUUUCUCAUCUUCCCUGCCCCCUUUUUUUGAACUACUAAAAACCCCCAAAUAGCUCCAAAGCAUAAAGAUGGUGGAUUUCGCCUCCCACCCCUUUCCUGUACAGCCUACUUUUUAAAUUUUAGCAUCUCUGCUUAGACUCAAAAUUCUAUGCCCAGCAAAUAUCCCAGAUGACAGGCAUUUCUGGACCACAUGCUGAAAAGCAGCAGCUUGCUACCCUAAUUCCUCUCACUUUUUUUUAAACCAAAUCAGAUUUUCAUUACAAAAUCUCAGUCAGAAAGGUUUCCAAUUUAAAAAAAAAAAAAAAAAAAAAAAGAGACAUUUCCUGGGAAAAGCUAUUCUGUUAAUGGUCCACUCUUUUGUGUGGUUUUUUUUUUUUUUUUUUAAUUAUUGGUUAGUCAGCACAGGCACAUUAAAAAAAAAUCAUCACUGACAUUUCAAGAAGAUUCAGGGGAAAAAAAUGACUGGCUUAAAAAAAAGAAAAGGUUCUGAAAUGCUUGACAUUCCAUUCACCCUUCAGUUAUUUUUAUUAGCUCUGUCCAAUUGCUCAAGUGGGAGAGCCAUGAGUCCAAAUGAAAAAGAAAACCUCCCUAGAAAGCUAUGUCAGGUACUUGUAGGAAGAGAAACAAAUGGAGCUGCCUAGGUUGAGGUAAACAUGGAAAAAUGACUUUUUUUUUUUCUGGUUUGAGCCAAACAAAUGAAAAAAAAUUAAACAUAGGAAUGAUUUAGAAUGUGGAUUUUGCUCAUGUGUGGAAAUCAUCAUACUCAAGAUGAGCAUAGAACUUACUGGUAGCUUUACAAAGGAAAAAAAAAAAAAGUGUGUAAAUAAAUACAAUCAGAAAUCCUUGAACAUGAAAGAGGGACUUUGGCAAUGGCAAAGCACCAAAAAAAAAAAAAAAAAAAAAAGGAAAAA